AACGUUGCCAGCCAUCGAUCGCAAGUUAGCUCAGUUUAGCCCGUCGAAUCGUUUCGAAUCGUAUUUGGAAUGAACCACAAUAAAAUCGCCACAAAUAAAGCAAACGGUCCAAACAAGUGCCUAGCGACAAAUAAGCGAUAAGCAAACUAAAUGCAACGCAUUCGGAACAAACAAAAGCGCAAAUACUUCCCAUAGCCGCACGGAAACAACGAAAUCAAAGCAAUUUUUAAAGGAUUUUUUUGCAAAAACACUUGCGAUAAAACAAGACUCAACAGCAAAACAUCAAGAGCUAAGCCUCAAACUUAUAAAAUAAAAGCCAUUAAUAGACAAACAGUAAUCAAAGGAAGUAGCAUUACGAGGAAAAACGGAUGAAACAUUAAAACGUCAAUGAUAAACUUACAAAAACGGUUUAAUAAUAAAGAUAAACUAGGUAAACCACAAAAAACAUUGCAAGAUUGCUAAGCAACAAACGACUACAUCUAAAUACAAGAAAUCAGGAAGCAACUUUAAUUUCUAAAACACCACAAAAGAAAACGGAACUCAACUCAAAUAAAGUAAAAUAAAUAACUAAGCUAAAACAAAAAGCCAUACAGAAACUAAGGCCAUACAACGAACCAGAACUUCAGCCGCAGAAACCAACUCCACUCUGCGCACACUUCGAAUUUGCCGCCAAGCCGCCUCUCUUCGCAACACUCGAGCGCUGCAUCCCUGGCUUUCCGCCACAUUCCAACACUGCAGGACUGUCAGCUGUCAACUCUGCUGUGUGUGUGCGAGCGUGCGUGUGUGCGUGUUGCAAAACGUCGGCGUUGCACUAAAAACUUAACAAAAAUCGCGUUCCCGGCCGAAAACCCGGGUUGCUAACCGUCUUGCGGGCUAAGAACUCGGCCCCCAGGCAGCCGGCCACCAGAAACCGCCCCAGAAACGCGCCGUCGCAGCGAAACGCCUAGGGAAAACGCCAGCGAAACGCGCGCGUUGUGUGUUUUCCUGUGUAGUUUUAUUUUUGGAAUACAAAGCGAGAGAGAAUCGGAUCGGAAAAGUGUGCCGCGGCCGGAUUUCAGUAGAUUUUCACACAGGCCAGCAAGCCCAAACGCAAUAAUAGACGCGCGCGGUGCCUUGGAUUUCUACGGCUCCACGGUGGAGAACUUUUACCUCAGAAUGGAUCCGACGCGAGGUGACUCGCGCUACAAUCUCAACUACUCGAUGAGUAGUAUUGGGCUGAGUCUGGCGGAUCCGGCGGACAUGUACGGCAAUCCCGCCCUGGGCGCGGGUCGCCCGCCCUCGGGCGGCCUGCUCCAGAACAUGGGCGGUGUGCCGCCCAUGCAGCGGCCGAAUCCCGCUGGCGGCGGCGGGGCACCCCCUGCCACCCAGUGCCAGACGCUGCACAGCCCACAACACGCCUCCCAGCAGCAGCAGCAGCAGCAACAGCAGCAGCAGCAGCAGCAUCAGCAGCAGCAACAGCAUCCCCAGCAGCAGCAGCAGCAGCGGGGCCUCAAGCGGUCCGGCAGCGACUGCUACGAGGACCACCACCGGUCCUCCGGCGGACUCACCCUGCAGGGACUCGACGGCGUGGCCGGCGGAGCCGUGGACGACGGCGUGGACAGCUACAACCCACUGCCCAACAAGAAGUCGCCACCCGCCAACGGCAAAAAGACAAAGGGACGUGUCAAAAUCAAAAUGGAGUACAUCGACAACAAGCUGCGUCGCUACACGACCUUCUCCAAGCGCAAGACGGGCAUCAUGAAGAAGGCCUACGAGCUGUCCACGCUGACCGGGACGCAGGUGAUGCUGCUGGUGGCCAGCGAGACGGGCCACGUGUACACAUUUGCCACGCGCAAGCUGCAGCCGAUGAUCACCUCGGAGGCGGGCAAGCAGCUCAUCCAGACCUGCCUCAACUCGCCGGAUCCGCCCAGCGUCGGCGGCGGCGACCAGCGGAUGUCGGCCACCGGGUUCGAGGAGACGGAGCUCAGCUACAACAUCGCCGACGAGGACUCGAAAGAUGACCGAUCGCCUACCUCGUCGGGCAACGAGUCGGAUGACUCGUCGGACGUGGAGAUGCCGGUGGAGGCAGCCGAGGUGGCAGCCAGAUCACAAUCCGCCAGCAAAACAGAGCUAUCAGCGCCUCCCGCUGCCGCACCAUCAUCAUCUGCCUCAUCUUCUGGCCCCAAAACCAUGCCAGCAUUGAACUAUCAGACUGAGACCAACAACGGACCCUCGACGUCCACAGCCGCUGGAGCAGCAGGUGGUGGAGGAGGAGCCCCGGCGGACAGCAAGUACGUCUACUCGGCUGCCUCGAUUGCCAACAUACCGCAGAAAAUGCUGAGGCAACUCAUACAGUCGGGACACUUGCAGCUGCACGCCGAAGAGGAUGGCAAUCAGUAUGUCACCAUACCACUCAGCUCCACGGCGGCCAAUCUGAUCAAGAGCAACAAGCUAAGCGCCUCUGGAUCAGGAGCCCCGGGUGGAUCGGUAACGGGAGCUGCAGUCAAGAGCGAUCCCAGCGCCGAGAAACCCUUGACCAUCAAACAGGAAUACGAUUAGCCCCCAGCCACGCUACCCACUGCUUAUCCAAUACUGAGAACUGCGUUUAACCACACUUGCCCAAAUCAUCUGAGAAAAGAAACAUCAGCAGGAGAUUACCAUUACACACCCACUACUCUCUUAAAGUCUAUCCAAAGUUUUCGCGUCGUCUCUAAGGGAUGACGAUCGCCUGCUAAGUCUAAGUCAUACUAUAUCUACUAUAUCGUAUAUAUACUAUUUUUAUACCUAUACAAGGAGGAGUGAGAAGAGAUGAAACCCUGAUCUGGUACCCAAGUGGCCAGCGGCAUAUCUACAUACGUAAGUUUUAAAAGUUUUGCAAGUUAUACAACCUAAAGGCAUUAAACUGAUAUCGAGAUGAACUAUGAUCGAUGAUUGUAUGAGAAAUGGAAAACGGAAUGUAAGGAUGAUAUGGAUGUUCCUAAAUCGCAGAGAUCAUGUUGCUUUGUUACUAGUUUAUAUUGUUUUAUUAUACAGUACAUAAAUACAUAAUACUUUUUUUGCAUAAAACCAAA